AGAGGUUACAUACGGACACGGGAUUUCCCAAAUCCAAAAGUCGUUGCACCUCUCUCCACUCUCUCGGUCUCUCGUCAUUCGCAAUUCGCAUUAUCGUAUUCGAGUACGUGUAUGUACGUACACACAAUUGAGUUGCGUGUUGCGUUUGUGAUACAUAAAACAGCUGCAACGCAAAGUGAAUAAAGUUAUGAACUGCUUUAUAAGUUUCUGAAAUAGUGGAUAAAAUUUUGUUUGAUAAUCAUAUCAUUAGUACGAAAAUAAUUUAAGAGCUAAAAAAGUGUAAACAUUUUAGUAUCAGAAAUCAAUAUUUCACAAUAUUGUGAAAUACAAUAUUCUAGAAAAUUAUUGAUGUUCCCAGUCGCCGAGAAUUUCACUUCCAAUUAGAAAACCUCUAUCAAAAUUCAAAGUUGACUGUUUCGUGACUUUGUAAACAUCAUAGUGAUGGAUCCGAAAAAAGCACGAAGACCAGAAGAAGGUAUAGCUUAUCAGAUGCUUUUACAGGCACUAUUUGCUUUAUCUGGAAUCAAAAACUUCUCAAAUUGGACGAUAUCAAAUGAAGUUACAUCCGCGGGAAAAUUUGAUGAUCUCGUAUUUGAAUCAGAUGAAAAGUGUAUGUUGUUACAAGCAAAAGUUAAAAGUGGUAUGACCUAUACUAAAGAUUUUAUGGCAGUGAGUCCUAUUAAGAAAAUAUGUGAAUUCAGUAUCGCAAUGUACUUAUUAUCAUACAUAACUUUUAAGAAAUCCUUUAAAAUAACACGUAAUUCUUUAAUACUAUGUACUGCUGCUACACUGAAAGUUGCUGAUAUUAUGGAUGAAUUACCUGCUAACGAAUAUUUGCAGCAAAUAUUUGGCAACAAGAUAUUGAUGUAUAAAAUUAAAAAUGAAGAAGAGAUGGUUGAGAAGCUUUUAGAUACAGUAGAACAGUUUAAAAAUAACAUUGAUGAUAAAGAUAGCAACGAAGAGAAAAAACAAUGGAAGCGUUUGGUUAUCGAUAGAGAAGACAUCAAAUCAUUCAUAUCUUCUUUUGUUGUUGUUAACAUUAAACUCAAGAAAAUCAAAUCGUUAAUUAAAAGCAAAUUAAGUGAGCUCAAGUAUGAGUUUCCAAUAUCAUCAUACGAAUAUGUAAAAGAUCAUGUAGAAGAGUGGUCUAAUUUAUCACUUAACAACUUUGUGCCUAUGACAAAAGACUAUUUAAUGUUUAUUUUGUAUGGUGAAUAUAAUCGGAAUUUUCUUCAGAAGUUGGUUAAUACUAAAAUUUAUUUCAAAGAAAGUUAUCAGUUUAAUUCUGGUAAUAUUAUUUGUGUUCAAGCACACGAUAAUAUCGCUAUAUAUUUAUUAAAGAUUUUAAGAAGCAUUCAAAAAUCGGAAGCUUCGUCCUCACCUAUAGAAGAAAACACAUUAUGUUUGAUGCAAGAAAUGGUAAAUACAGUUCAUACAAUGAAAUACACAAUGGAAUAUAAAGUUAUAUCUGAUAUGAUAAACACAUUCAGAUGCAACAAAAUUAAAUACUUAGUUGUUUCGUUCCUAUCUCUUAAUGAAGAUCAAGCAUUAGAAUUGUAUAAGAAGAUAUAUAUGAUUACUAGGGAAGACCCAAGUAAAAAAGUAUUUAUAAUCAUUAAAGAAAAUGAUUUGCAAAAGAGAGAAACACUAGUCAAAAUAAUUAAUGAUAAAAUAUAUUUCAAUUCACUCGAAACUGAUACACAACAAUACAUAUUAAGCAAAAAAAUUUCUUUUCAAGGUGAAUUGGUAACAUUAAUGAACUUAAUUAAUAACAUCAAAAAUAUUAACUCUGAUGAAAUUGAGAUUGAUGAAUGCCUUACAAAAAUAAUAUUUAACGAAGAUAAUUACUCGAUAGGUUCCAAUUUACAGACCCAAUCAAAACCUGAGCAAUUCUAUUUUGAAAGAAGCCUAAAAGCUAACUCAGAAGUAUUUCCUGAAACAAAGUUUUUCGAAAAAAUAAACAAAAAUAUACUUGUUGUUACAGGUCCACCUGGAGAAGGCAAAACAACUUUAUUGAAACAAAUAGUAUCACUCAAGAAAGCUAAAGACAAAAUAGAUUCCAAAUUGACGUGGAUAAUUAAUGUUGAUUUAAAAAAGUCGAAACAAUUUUUCCGGAAUGCUAUUGGGAAAACCUUGAGCGAUCUAUUGUGUCAUAAUGAAAAUAUAACUCCUGCUAGCUCCUACUUAGCUCAGUUCGAAAGAAAACUUAUUGAGUCCAUGAAUAAAAUUUUGAUUAUAGACGGUCUUGACGAGAACUGUUUGGAAGAUAUCGAAAAAAUACGAAACCUAUUUGUAGAUCAGAAUUCCCUUCAGGAUUUGAAUAUUUCAUUGGUUAUUAUUGGUGCCAGAGAUUACGAUUUCAUCUUAAAAAAAUUAAGGAUUUUGGAUGGGUGUGAGUUAGUUAGAUUCUCUCCAUUUUCACCUAGAGAUCAGUCUUCUUUUCUUAAAGGAUAUCUUAACAAACUUAUACCUGCAAAUACUGAACAUGAUAUAUUUGAAAAGGUAACAAAUUUUGCUCCUGCAUUUAAAGAUAUUUGUUCAACGCCCUUAUCGCUACAAAUGGUUUCUAAAAUAAUAAAAAAUAAAAUAUCUAAAGGCGACUCUAUCGAAUCCUCAUUAAAGGUUUUUUAUAAUGUUUCAAACUUAUAUCAUUUUUAUAGUUACUAUUUAGGAGUAAGAAAAGACGAAUUUGCACAAGAUGACGACAUAUACCGUCUGGCAUUUGACAGGUAUAUAUACUCGUUAAGAAAGUUAGCGGCUAGCAAUUUAUUUUCUGACCAUCUUUUAAGUUUGCUUAAUGUUGAUGCUAGUUUUGAGAUUGGUAAAGAUGCAUUAAACGUUGGGGUAUUAAAGGAAGCACAUGAAGGUUAUGAAUUUGUUCAUAAAACAUUUGAGGAAUAUUUUGCAGCAGAAUUGAUAUGGGAUUGCCUUAAUAAAAAGAAACUUAGUUAUGAGGUAUUGCUCGAAAUUCUGAAUACAGUGUUUCUAAACAAUCAGUAUGUGGGUGUUUCAGAUUUUUUUGAAAAAAUUUUGGAAAUUAAUCAGGAUAAAGAUAUUGUAUCUCGGAUAUCUAUGGAAUACAACUUAGCACUUACUAAGGUAAAUUGGAGAAGAGAUAUAUCGCUGUUAUGUUUUCGAGAAUAUAUCUGUAUUAUUAAGUUAGUUUUUAGUAAUUAUACUUUUUUUGCCGAUGUUUUGAAUAUUGAAAGUAUGUCUGGUGAAGCACCUUUACAUAUUUCGUGUCUUUACCCAUCUUUAGACAAAUACAUCGUAAAAGAAGGUUUAGAUGUUAAUAAGGCUGACGAAAACAGUUUAACCUACAUUACCUGUACAUAAUAUUGUAGAGUUUUAUUCUACCCAUAUAACUUAUUUUAGAAUUAUUAUCUUGAAUCAGUUCUAAUUUCAGAAAUGACCCAAAAUAUUUAUAUUUUUUUAAAAGAACAAGGAGUAUUAAUAAAUAAUUACGACAAAGUUAAUAAUUGCGACGAGGGAAAGUUACGACAAAGUUAUGUUUGACCUUUCCAAAUUCUACGUCAAUGGCGGAAUUGCUAUUUUAGUGCAAUUUUUCGAUUCUCCAAUACUUUCUAUGUAAAUAAUAUACUCUCCAUUCGUAACGAUAAAGUCAUUAUUUUUCAUGAUAUUUGAAGUUAAAAAUGCAGGGACACAGUUAUUUUGACUGAUGUAAAUAGGCAGGUAUUAAUUAUGUUGGUAUUUUUGGGUCAUAAGAUUGCAUUUUAUUACGCAAAUGAAUUUUUAAUCGCUAAUAACAAAACUAUAACGUUAUUUACUGAAAUCUAUUAAAACGAAUAGAUGCAUUCAAUAUGUAAAAACAACGUGGGGUCGGGGUUCUAAAAAUAACCGUUUUGUUAUAAUCUAAAAAAAGAACAAUUUUAAUAACACGACAAUAUAAAAAAAUACAAAAAUUUAAACUAUUGAUUAGACAAAAAAAAUGUGUUUUUGAAGUGACAACUUAUUUAGGGACGUUGUACGAUUUUGGGACAGGGGAAAAAGCAUUGAAUUCGCGACCGUCAUCGCUUAUGCUAUACAGGGUGUAACAAAAAUACAGGUCAUAAAUUAAAUACCAUAUUCUGGGACCAAAAAUAGUUCGAAUUAACCUUACUUACCUUAGUAAAAAUAUGCACAUAAAAAAAGUUACAGCCCUUUGAAAUUACAAAAUGAAAAUCGAUUUUUUCGAUUAUAUCGGAAACUAUUAGAGAUUUUUUAUUGAAAAUGGACAUGUGGUAUUCUUAUGGCAGGAACAUCUUAAAGAAAAAUUAUAGUGACAUUUGUGCACCCCAUAAAAAUUUUAUGUGGGUUUUGUUCCCUUAAACCCCCCAAACUUUUGUGUACGUUCCAAUUAAAUUAUUAUUGUGGUAAAAUACCAUUUGUCAUACCAUUAGUUACAUUCAGUAUCAUUAAAACUUUUUUACCUCUUAGUAUUUUUUCGAUAAGGCAGUUUUUAUCGAGUUGCGGCUUCUUUUUUAAUAUGUUUACAUAAAAAGUUUAUGGAGGUUUUGUUCCUUUAAACCCCACAAAUGUUAGUGUACGUUCCAAUUAAACUAUUACUGCCGCACACAUUAGUUAAACACAGCGACCGUCAUCGCUUCGAUGAAAUUGAUUUUUGAAGUGAAAACUUCUUGAGAGACGUUGUGCAUUUUUUGGAGGGGGAAAAAUUAUUAGAUUAGCGACGAUCAUCGCUUCGACGAAAUAAAUUUUUGAAGUGAAAACUUCUUUAGGGACUUUGUGCCCUUUUUGUGUGGAAAAAAUUAUUAAAUUAGCGACCGUCAUCGCUUCGAUGAAAUAAAUUUUUGAAGUGAAAACUUCUUGAGGGACGUUGUGCACUUUUUGGAUGGGGAAAAAUUAUUAAAUUAGCGACCGUCAUCGCUUCGACAAAAUAAAUUUUUGAAGUGAAAAUUUUUUUAAGGACGUUGUGCACUUUUUGGAUGGGGAAAAAGUAUUAAAUUAGCGACCGUCAUCGCUUCGACGAAAUAAAUUUUUGAAUUGAAAUUUCUUUAGGAACGUUGUGCACUUUUUGGAUGGGAAAAGUAUUAAAUCAGCGACCGUCAUCGCAACCAUCAUCGCUUCGACGAAAUAUAUAUUUGAAGUGAGAACUUCUUGAGGGACGUUGUGCACUUUUUGGAUGGGGAAAAAGUAUUAAAUUAGGGAACGUCAUCGCUUCAACGAAAUAAAUUUUUGAAUUGAAAAUUUCUUUAGGGACGUUAUGCACUUCUUGGAUAAGGAAAAAGUAUUGAAUUUGCGACCGUCAUCACUUCGCUGAAAUAAAUUUUGUACGUAUAUAAAUUACAUGUAUGUAUACAUAAAUAGCAUAGGGCAUACGCAUCGCGUAUAUGAUAUAGGUAUAGAUAGCACUUCUUUUUGGAUGGGGAAAAAGCAUCGAGCUCGUAAUUUAUUUACUAUAAGAAGUUUUCACUUCUGUCGCCACUCCCACGAGUGCCUUCCAUUUUUUUUAAUAUUUUUUGUCUAAUCAAUAUUUUAAAAUUGUUCUUUUAUUUAUAUUAUAACUAAAUUGUUGUUUUUAGAACCACAAUUUGUUUUUAAAUGUUGAAUUCAUCUACUUAUUCAUUUUAAGAAAUUUUAAUAAAUAACAAAUUUUUUGUUAUUAGCCAUUAAAAAUUUAUUUGCGUAAUAAAAUGCAAUCUUCUGAUUCAAAAACACCGACAUAAUUAAUACCUACAUUAGUCAAUAUAAGUGUCGCUUCAUUAUGAACCAAAAACAUAUGGAAAAAGAAUGACUUUAUAGUUACGAAUGGGGAGUAUAUUAUUUGCAUAGAAAGAAUUAGAGAAUCGAAAAAUUGCACUAAAAAAGCAAUUCUGCCAGUGGCGUAGAAUUUGGGAAGUGUCAAUCAUUCACUUUCCCCCGUCGUACGUCUCUGGUAGUAGCCAGAAACGUUUAUUUAACAUAAUUUAGUAGGAUGUACACUGUACACAUGUACAGUAUCUACACUUAUUGUCAAGUAUGAUAAGGAUAUGAUAAGUGGUUUUAAAGUACCGGAUGUCCCAAUAAGAAUGGCUCUCGGCCAUAUCUCAGGAACCGUUUAUAGUACAGCUUUGGGAAAAAAAAAUUUAUAACAAAAGUUGCCUCGAGAAAAGCCUGGAAA